GCGCAGAGGAAAUGGCGGCGCGGCGCGUGCGGGUGUGCGCGCUCUUCCUCCCGGCGCUGCUCCUGCUGCUGCUGCUGCCGCGGCGCGCGGCCGGCCACGGCGGCAAGUACUCGCGGGAGAAGAACGAGCCCGGGCCCGAGUUCCGCAUGGAGAAGCUGAACCAGCUGUGGGAGAAGGCCCGGCGGCUCUCGCUGUCCCCGGUGAAGCUGGCUGAACUCCACUCGGAUCUCAAGAUCCAAGAGAGGGACGAGCUCAGCUGGAAGAAGCUCAAGGUCGAGGGCUUGGACGAGGACGGGGAGAAGGAGGCCCAGCUCGUGCACAACCUCAACGUGAUCCUGGCCAGGUACGGGCUGGACGGCAGGCAGGACGCGCAGGCUGUGCACAGCAACGCCCUCGAGGACAGCACCCUGGACGAGGGGCUGGACGACCCCCGGCUGGAGAAGCUGUGGCAUAAGGCGAAGACCUCAGGGAAGUUCUCCCGGGAAGAGCUGGACCGGCUGUGGCGGGAAUUCCUGCACCACAAGGACAAAGUGCAGGAGUACAACCUGCUGCUAGGCAUGCUGAGCCAGACAGAAGAGUUGCAGACCAACGCCAUUGGCGCGGCUGAGCCGAGCCCUGUGCCCAGCGAGAGCCGGCACCGGGAGCUGAAGGACCGGAUGCGCAGCAUCAACCAGGGCCUGGACCGGCUGCGGAGGGUCAGCCAGCAGGGCUACGGUGCCGACGGCCAGGCCGACUUCGAGGAACCCCGGGUGCUGGAGCUGUGGGACCUGGCCCAGUCGGCCAACCUCAGCCGAAAGGAGCUGGACUCGCUGCGGGAAGAGCUGAAACAUUUUGAGGUGAAGUUGGAAAAGCACAGCCAUUACCAGAAGCAGCUGGAGCUGUCGCAUGAGAAGCUGCGGCAUGUGGAGCGCCUGGGGGACCAGGAGCACCUGCGGCGCAACCAGGAGAAGCAUGCGCAGCUGGAGGAGCGGACCAAGGAGCUGGGCUACAAGGUGAAGAAGCACCUUCAGGAUUUGUCCAGCAGGAUCUCAAGAGCUCGGCACAAUGAACUGUGAGGGCGCCAGGCGGCCAGCAUGGAGGAGGCGGCCCAGCCGAGGAGGUGAGGGUGGCAGGCUGCUCCCGGCAGGAAGACUGACCCCAAUGCUGGACAAGGCAUGUUCCCCACCUGCCGGAUGAGGCGUGUCCCCACCUGUGGUGGGCCAUCUGUGGUGACGGGCCACGCCCUGCCGCACUGUCCCCUGUGAGGACCUGGCUAGGCAGUGGGACCACAUGUCUGCCAGUCGUUGUCUGCCCUGAGAUGCCAUGUACAGCGCCUUC